GCGGUGAUCUCAGGAGCAGGGUUGUUGCCGUGCGUGAUUUGGAGGAUAUAGUGAGUGAGCCCUCUGUGGAUCCUGGUCACAUCUGCAGAGUGUUCCAGAGACCAUCUGUGAUUGUUUUUUGAGAUAGUUUCGCUUCAUGAGGUUAUGGGAGAGAAGGAGCCAUGUCAGAAGAAGGUGUUACUGAGACACGAUUUUCUCUGAAGACGGCAGCUCUGCGGGUGUUCCAUCUCCCCCUUUCUUGGUAUUAUUCUCUUAACCAGGUAAAGCUUUCCCCUGGGCUGAAGAAGCUUUUCACAGUAACAGCAGUGAGUGCAAUAUCUGUGAUUUUUCUGGCCCAUCACUUUAAAAGGAGACGUGGAAAGAAAAACAAGAAAGUGCCCCCAUGGGAGCCAAGUCACCUGGUGUUGGAGUGUACCAAAGCAGCUGAUUCAGAAAAAGGUUCUAGUUGUUCCAGCAGUCGACAAAACUUGACCCUUUCCCUGAGCUCUGCCAAGGAGAAAGGAUCUCAGUCUUGUAUCUAUGCAAAUGGAGGACUUUUCAGUAAAUACUCUGGUUCAGUCCAAAGCCUGACCUCGGUUCAGAGUGCCACCUCUUGUCACAGCUGUGCUUGUGCCAAUUCUAAUUCCUGGGAUAAAGCAGAUGAGGAUGACAUUAAGCUUGUCAAUAUUCCAGUGACUACACCUGAAAAUUUAUAUUUGAUGGGGAUGGAGCUGUUUGAGGAGGCCCUGCGGCGCUGGGAGCAGGCGCUGACUUUUCGGAACAGGCAAGCUGAGGAUGAAGCCAUCUGUGGCUCCAUUAAGCUGGGAGCAGGAGAUGCCAUUGCAGAAGAAAGUGUAGAAGAUAUCAUCAGUGCUGAAUUCAUUCAUAAGCUUGAAUCUCUUCUUCAAAGAGCUUAUCGUCUUCAGGAGGAGUUUGAGGCCACCCUUGGGGUCUCUGAUCCUGCUGCUCUAGCUAAUGAUGUUGAUAAAAACACAGACAUUACUGUGAAGGAUAACACGGAUGAUUUCUGCCUUCGAGACACAUUGAGCAUUGCAUCAACAGACUCCUUUGUUUCCACAGCUGAGCUUACAGAGCACAGGGAGAUCCGUAACACGUACGGGCUGGAUUCCCUUUGCCACUGCCCCUUGUAUGAAGAAGCCAUGCACUUGGCAGAAGAAGGCAAAAUAUAUUCACGAGUGUUAAGGACUGAAAUGUUUGAAUGUCUAGGAGACAGUGACUUCCUUGCUAAGCUGCACUGUAUUCGACAAGCUUUUCAGGUAAUUCUUUCAGAAACAGCAAACAGAAUAUUUCUUGCUGAAAGUGGAAGAAAAAUUUUGUCUGCUUUAAUUGUGAAAGCACGAAAGAACCCAAAGAAAUUUGAAGAUGUCUUUGAUGAAAUGAUAUAUUUUUUGGAACAAACAGACCACUGGGAUAAUACCGAAAUGGAACUUGCUGCUAGAGGAGUGAAAAACCUGAAUUUUUAUGAUGUUGUUCUGGACUUCAUAUUAAUGGAUUCAUUUGAAGAUUUAGAAAAUCCACCUAUAUCUAUACAGAAUGUAGUCAAUAACCGCUGGUUAAAUUCCUCUUUUAAAGAAACAGCUGUAGCUUCAAGCUGUUGGUCAGUACUGAAGCAGAAAAGACAGCAAAUGAAGGUGCCUGAUGGAUUUUUUGCACAUUUCUAUGCUAUAUGUGAACAUAUCAGCCCUGUUUUGGCGUGGGGCUUUUUGGGCCCUAGAAAUUCCCUUUAUGACUUAUGCUGCUUCUUCAAGGAUCAAGUGCUUUUCUUCCUCAAGGACAUUUUUGAUUUUGAAAAGGUGAGGUACUCCAGCAUGGAGAGCCUGGCUGAGGAUCUCACCCAGCUGCUGAUCCGGCACACGGAGCUGCUCCUGGCUUACCUGGGAGCAGAUUCCCUGAGGCACGUGGGGGCCUGUGUGAGCUCUCAUGGGCACGUCGUGCCCAGCGGGCUCCUGGAAGCAAAAGUCCAGUAAGCUCUGAAAAUCCGUGACAAAUGCCAGGGAGUGCACGUUGGGGUGCUCCUUCCCACCUUUUUUCUCUAAUGCUGAAGCUACAUCAUGGCUCUCGGUGAGCAAGCAACUGGAAAUGCAUCACGUCACUACAGUGUGGAAAAGGACUCAGGGAGGUUAAAUGUACACCUGUGAAAAGAAAUGGGGAGUGUGUUAUUGUAUAUACCUAAAUUAAUUUUGCAGCCCAGCUGUCGCUGUAUUUAUACUUCAUGUAUCCCAAAGCUUUUUUCUGUAAUAUUUGGGUAAAGUUUAUUUAUGAAAUACUGUACUUUUGCACAGAUGAUUUGUGAGUGAAGCUGAUGGAGUUGUUCCCAUUUAAAGGCUUACAGUACAAAGUGUUCAUUGCAGAGUCUCAUCAUUAGGUGUCUGGAAGGUGUUUUGCCUGCAGUCUCUGAUUCAUGUGACACAUGCAAUAAAGGAAUCACACUCACAAAACUGAACAUGUUGCCCCUGCCCUGGGAUUCCAUUUGUGUGGGUGUAAGCAGCCAUUCUGUACUGCAGUGCAAGGGAGCAGUGCAGGAAAUGCAAGCACUGUUGGGGCAGGAAUGACUGCCAGUAUGCAUUUUUUUACUUUAUUUUGUUUUAAAAUAUCUAAACAUCAUUAAGGUGUUUAAAAAUACUUAUUUAUAUUUUAAAAGCUAUGCUAGCUUCACCAAUUAAUUUUAAAACCUUUCCUUGUUCUAAAACUGUUACUACUCUAUGUGGUGGUAAAUUAACCAAUAGCAUUCUCAGUUCAUAUGUAGCAUUUCAAAAUAUAUUUUUAAAUAAGUAUGUAUGGUAAGAUUUGUUAAUCAUGAAGCAGAAUUGAAGGCAGUGUUUUAUAAUUUAAAGCACUUCAGUCUUCCUCCCUUCUCUGUGGGAAGUCAGGUGUCUAUUUAAGAAAUUCAAGCAGUUGUGGCCAUCUGUGUGCAGUGGGAAACUGUGGCUCAGGCUGUGGAACCCUGAGGGAACUCACAGUAAUGUUUUUUCCUGUUCUGGGGGUAAUAAAUAAUGAUGAGGUAUAAUCUUUGAAUUUCUGUAAACUGAAGCAAUGCUUCAUAAUUAGUUUAGGCUCUUAAACUACACUUACGUAUGCUUUGCCACACAGAGCCAGCCCACAAGAAUCUGUCCUGUGUCAAGAAAUACAGAGUAAGUAAUUACAGAGCAAUUCCAAAUAUUCAGAUACUUGAGAAGCAUGUUGUUAAAAAUCUAAGAUAUCAAAACAAUCCUUGACUAGAAAAAUGUCACCUUUUGUUGCAAACACAACCCAAAAUGACAAUAUCCAAGAGGAGGGCCUGUGUAAUUCAAGGAUUUUACCGAAGCCAACAUUUUGCUCCUUUAUUUAUGAAAUGUUGUACUCAUUUGAUAAGUACAAAAAUGAUGAAAAUGUGUCAUAUGACUUGUGUGAAAUGCCAACUGAUUAUAAUUUAUUUAACAAAAAAAAAAGUAUACUUCUAUGUGUAAUAAAAGAGAAAUUCCAAAUGCU